CCCCUGCUGCUUGCACGGUCGAACCCGCGCUCGGCCUCUUCCGGCGGGGCAGCGGCGGCGGCGAGAUGCCCGGUGUGACGGUGAAGGACGUGAACCAGCAGGAGUUCGUGCGGGCGCUCGCCGCUUUCCUCAAGAAGUCGGGGAAGCUGAAGGUGCCCGAAUGGGCCGACACGGUGAAGUUGGCCAAGCACAAGGAGCUGGCGCCCUAUGACGAGAACUGGUUUUACACCAGGGCAGCCUCCACGGCCCGACACCUUUACCUGCGCGGCGGGGCAGGUGUGGGCUCCAUGACCAAGGUGUACGGGGGCCGGCAGCGCCGCGGGGUCCGGCCCAGCCACUUCAGCCGCGGCUCGGGGGCCGUGGCCCGGCGGGUGCUGCAGGCGCUCGAGGCGCUCAAGGUGGUGGAGAAGGACCAGGACGGGGGUAGAAAAUUGACCCCACAGGGGCAGCGGGAUCUGGAUCGAAUUGCUGGGCAGGUCGCUGCCGCCAGCAAGAAGCACUGAGGGAGAAAAAAAAUAAAUCAUUUUCCCCCCCUUUAA